CAUAUGCGUGUGCGUAUCGCGUACCGAUGUUAUUAGCAUAAUAAUAAUGUAAUCACGAUCACAAUCAUCAAACCAUAAUCAUAAUCAUAAUAAUCAUGUGUAUAUUAUUUACAUAAAUUUAACCGCGUUUAACGACAUCUAUACUCGAACAUGUAAAGUCGUCGUUUCGCGAUCUGUAUACCUAUCUAGUAUAAUAGAGCAGUUGCAUGUUUACGCGGAUAGUUAUUUAUUAUUAUAUUUUAAUACUUUACUGUUCGUUUAACGGUUAAAUCGAAGUUUAGGCAAUUAGACGACAUUCGAAUACAUCUCACGUAAGCGCGUAUUAUAUUGUACGUCGACGAGGACGAGGACGACGACGACGACGACGCCGCCGCCGCCGCCGCACACGUCGAGUCAGACGCGUCUCACUUUUCCCGCACUCUCGCCGUCGCUCGCUCGCUCUCGGACGCCCGGACGUCUUCGUCGUCUCUCCCGCACACACGUCUUACUCUACUUGCCCUGUCACUGUCUCUUUUUUUCUAUUUGUUUUUCUUCGUUUCGUAUUUUCCGUUUUUUUUUCGUUUUAUAGUCGAUCGAAAAUGCGUUUGCCGACAGUUGAUCCUGUAGUUCGCCGUGCCGGUACUUGUGCGUUUGGAAAAUGCCACUGAACUUGGGCGGUUCUCGACGGACUGCGAGUUGCGAGUCAACAAUCAUAAUUCAUAAUAUUAUUUUAGUUUGUCAGCUGUUUUGGCUGUACUUAACAAUAUAUUUUUACGUGAAUUUAUUGUUUUAGUUUUCAUUUAUUUUAUUUGUUUACUGAAAACAAAAAACAACUAGUCAACAAAUCUAUAAAGAAUAAUAAUUAUCAAUAUGAUGCAAAACGGAAUGGAUUCACUACCACAUAAUGGUUCAAUACAUACCUCAAGUACAAAUUCUCAUGCAUCACAAGGAAAUUCUUUGAAUGAAGAAAGUAAAACCAACCUUAUUGUAAAUUACUUACCUCAAACAAUGACUCAAGAAGAAAUUAGAUCAUUAUUUUCUUCAAUUGGUGAAGUUGAAAGCUGUAAACUUAUUAGAGAUAAAGUCACAGGAUCUCUUCCAUCAGGUCAAAGUUUGGGUUAUGGUUUUGUUAACUAUCAUCGACCAGAAGAUGCAGAAAAAGCAAUUAAUACAUUAAAUGGACUAAGACUACAAAAUAAAACAAUUAAGGUAUCUUUUGCAAGACCUAGUAGUGAAGCAAUUAAAGGGGCUAAUUUAUAUGUCAGUGGUCUUCCAAAACAUAUGACUCAACAAGACCUUGAAAAUUUAUUUAGUCCAUAUGGUCGGAUAAUAACAUCAAGAAUUUUAUGUGAUAAUAUGACUGAUAUGUUCACAGUUCGACAAUUUGUGGGAAAUACAGGAGGAGAUCAUUCGCCGUCAAUUUCAAAAGGUGUUGGUUUUAUAAGAUUUGAUCAAAGAAUUGAAGCCGAACGAGCAAUUCAAGAAUUAAAUGGAACUGUUCCCAAAGGUUCAACAGAAUCAAUUACUGUGAAGUUUGCCAACAAUCCUAGUAGCAAUAAAGCAGUACCUGCAUUGGCAGCUUAUUUAACUCCUCAAGGAGCUCGAAGAUUUGCUGCUGGCCCUAUUCAUCACCCUACUGGGCGCUUCAGGUAUAUUCCACUCUCCCCUUUAUCCAGCACUGGAAAGACCAUGCUAGCCAUAAACAAAGGCUUACAGAGAUAUUCACCAUUAGCGGGUGAUCUGUUAGCAAACUCUAUGUUACCUGGUAAUUCAAUGAAUGGAUCUGGCUGGUGCAUAUUUGUGUACAACUUGGCGCCAGAAACAGAGGAAAAUGUAUUGUGGCAACUAUUUGGUCCAUUUGGUGCUGUACAAAGUGUAAAAGUUAUUAGAGAUUUACAAACAAACAAAUGCAAAGGAUUUGGAUUUGUCACUAUGACUAAUUAUGAUGAAGCAGUUGUUGCCAUUCAAUCUCUUAAUGGAUAUACGUUAGGCAACCGCGUACUUCAAGUAUCUUUCAAAACCAAUAAAGGCAAAGGAGAUGCAUCCAGUUUGUUAAUGUCUCUUGCUGAUUCAUUAACUGACUGUUAAUAAUUUCAUCAAUCUUCUUCGAAUAUUUUCAAAUGUUUACAUAAUUCAUUCUCCCUUCUAAUACAUCUUUAACUGAAUUGCAAAUUCGCUGAUAUUUAUCAUGUCUAAAGAAGGUAAAUUAUGUUUAUUUAUUAAUUAUAUUUUUAAUUAGAUACAUUUAAAUUAAAUCGCGUGCACCAUAAUAACGUUAUCAAAAUAAACACUUUUCAAGGCAUAUUAUAAAUAAUAUACAAAUUAUAAUUUUUUUUUUCCUGAAAAAAAAAAAAUGUUAAUAUUUCCUAAAACAUUUUGUUAAUGUUUGUGCAAUAUAAUUAUUGGUACCCAUCUUAUAUAAAAAAUUCCCAUUUUUCCUUUACUAUACUUUUGGAACAGAUUUAAAUAAUAAUUGCGCAAGCAUAUUGACUGAUAGUGUUCUGUUCUAUUUAACGUUGCUAGUCUAAGAUAUUCCUAAUAUUUUAUAUUUUAAAUUUAAAUUCGUAAAUAAUUUAUAAUAUUUUCUUUUUCUUUUGUUGCUAUUAUUCCAUUUAUAUGUGUGCGUGUAUUAUGUGUGUACAUAACAAUGUAAGUGUGUUUAUAUUAAAUAUAAAUUCAUUCGUAUUUACUAUAUAUUUAGGUAAAUAUCAUAUUUACCAAUUUACAUAAAAUGUCCAUGAGAAGCUAUUUGUAAGUCAAUGUAAUAUUUUUACUUUUUUACUCAUUCUUAUAAUGCCGUUAGGUACAAGAAAAAACAAUACAUUUUAUGUACUUAAUAAUAAAUAAUCUUAUCUUCCCCCCUCCACCCACAAUAAAAGACAAUUUCUGAUACAAUUUCAUAUUUUUUCAACUUAUUUUAUUGUUAAAUAUUUUUGAGUGAAAGUUGUUACCAACAGUUGAGUAUAUAACAAUGUAAUGAUUAAGAACUAUUGCAAGAACUAUUAUUCAUAGAAAACUUGUUCAUUAUGCAUUUAUUAAUAAUUCUGAAAGAAUCCAGUCAAUUUCUAUAACGUACCUAUGUAAUAUUAAGAACAUAUUUGUUUGUUUUUUUGUUGCUUGUAUGCAGUUGUGCAAGUAUAUAACCAAAUUAUUUGAUUUAUUUUUACUUGCACAUUAACCGGUGUGAUUAUUGAUCUCAAUGAACAGUAUUCAACACUGUUUAAAAACAAUAACAUAUAAAUCUAAUUAGUACUGAUCGUAGUACAUAAUGUUAUAACGGGUGGACUUAUUGGAGAUUAUUUAACAAAAGUUAAUUACUUAAUUAAAUAACCACAGGGUAAUUUUAUGAAGGCAAGUUUAAUACAAAAACAAAAUUCCAUCAUUAAAAACUGGAUAUUUUUAAUGCUAUAUUUAUUUAAUACAAAUCCUGGAUUACAAUAAUUCUAACCAUAAAUAAUAUUUAUACAUAAUUCACUAUUAAAAUGAGAAUACAUUAUUUAAAAAAAAACAUUGCAUCUUUUAUUAUUAAGUUUGAGUUAUACAUUUUACAGUUCCAUCAAUUACAAUUUUAAAAUAUUCAAAUUAAAUUAUUUAUAAAAUACAUUUAAUGAAAAAAAAAUUACUAACAUCACACUUAAUUUACUCACGGAUCAGUGAAUUGCGUUAGAAAACGCUUUUAAAAUUGUUAUUAUUAUCUCCAAAAUCUUCUGUAAGUCCACCAAGUUUCUUCAGUCUACAUUUUAAUUUCUGCUUCUUAACUGUAUUUAAUUCAUUUAAGGUCUUUUUAGUAUCAUCUUCCGUGUAGUUAUAAUUUAAAACACCAGUACCUGAUUACACCAGCUGUAACUUAAUUUUUAGAUCAAAUUUUUGGUCUAAUUGAUUGUUCCUUCAUAAUUUAACAUUCCAGCACGGUGUUUGAUAGUGAAAAUAUAAUAUACACGGAUAACGAAAAUAAAAGUUCAUAAGUUUUUUAUUUUAUCAGCUAUAAUAAAAACGUAUGGAAUAAGCAAAGACUUAAAUAUAAAUAAUAUAACGAGAAAGAGACUGAAAUUAGUUAUCAGUAUACAAGUUAGGAAAAUUACGUUAAAAUGUUAAAAAUAUAGAUCGUAAUAUUAAUAUUAAUAUUAACCAUGAUAUUAUUUAUUGAAGAGUUUCUGGUUCCCUAAAUAAAAAAAACUAUCUCUAUUAUAAUCUGCAAGUAUUCAUGUAUCAUUAACUUUACCUACCGCUCUAGUUUAGUGUAUUGUGUACAUAAUGCCCUAUCAAUCAAAUUAUCUAGUUAUGAUAAUAAAAAUAUAAGAGGUGUAUUUAUUAAUAAAUUAAAAAAUUAUACACAUAUUUUAAUUAACAACUUCAUAAUUGUUGGUUAGGUUUAAAAAAAAAAUGAACCUCUUUAUAUUUAUUAAUUUCUGCACAUAAAAAUAAAUAGGUAGCUAUUCAAAUAUUCAUUAAAAUUAUCAAAUGUUGUCUAUAUUGCAAUAAUAUAUUCCGUUAGGUAUUAAUUUAUUAUUUAUAUUUUCAAGAAAAAUGUUUUCCAAUUGUAUGUCACAGUAAAAAUGCCUUUGAUAAAAUAUAAAAUAAUGUUUGAUUCACCUAUACAUAUAGGUAAUAAUAUUUAUACAUUUUUUAGAUAUAAUUUUUUCACGUACUUAACAAUGUUUUUAAAAGAUUCUAGUCAAUAGAUAAGCAUAACUAACCCUAGCUUAAAAAAUAAAAAUAAAAUUAAAUGUAUUCAUAUUAGAACAGAUAAAAUUGUCUAUUACAAUAUAGAUAUUUCAUCGAAAAUUCGUCUGUGUGUAAUUAAGUUUACAAAUAUUGGAAUAAGAUUGAUUAUUAAUUGUUUACUGUCGAAUAAAAUUAAAAAAGUUUAGUGCUCAAAUUAAAUUCUUUCCUGAACAUUUUUUUAAACAUGAUUGCCGAAUUGCCGAAUCUAUUUUUUUUAUAUUCGACGCUCAAUCCGUUCGGUUGAAUAUUCUCUGGCUGUUGAUUAUGUAUAUGAAUAACAUCGAUGUAAUUGUUUUUUCUUGAAUUUAUAAUGUGCAAUGCAUGAACAUCAAAGUUUGUAUUUGUAAGAAUUUCACUUUAAAUAAAUCACUCAUAAUUAAUUAACAUUUCCCGUAGGCUUUAAACAUAUUUCAUUAAGCCAUUUACUUAACUUUAUAAAUGGAUAGAUGCUAAUGGUUUCCAUUCGUUAUUGGACUUGCUUCAAUUAUUAAAUCACAUAAAUAUGUAUCUUAACAGUUAAUACAUUUAUACUCAAAUGUAGAAGUCAAUAAACGACAUUUCUAUAUUCAUGGUACAAUGAGCGUGCAAUUUACUAAUUUAUCAGUUUCAAAAUAUCAUAAAUAUUAAAAAAGCAAUUUUGCUUAAUAUGCUCUAGUCAUAUGUGUAUUUAUUUUUUUGUUUUCGGUGCUAAAUUAUUCAAAUACCUAUAUCGUACAUUUUUUUCUUUUAUUGAUUUAGUUUUAUUUUGGUCGGGAAAAAAAGGCCACUUGAUUUUUUAGCGUGAUUUUAGUUGGUAGUAUAAUAUUUAUGGAUUAUAAAUACACGCCGAGUAUUUUAUUGUACUUCAAAAGAAGUAAAACAAAAGUUUUAGAUAUGUAAAAUAAUAGAUUAAUUAGACAAUUUAAUUGUUUACAGUCAUAGUCAUUAUAGGUAGUUCGUUACCAUAAUAUGUUAGGCGUGCAAUAGAUCAGGUUAAGUUUUAAUAAAUUUACUACAUACUAUUUACAUAUUGGCAUUUAUAAUUUACUCUUUAAUAAAAUAUUAUGUUAUUAGAAUCUAUUGGUAAGUAUUCGGAUAUUAAACUGAGUGAGAGUAGUCAAUAUUUAUGAAUAAUAAAAAUAACAAUUUGGCUCAUUAUAAAAUUCCCGUUUAAGAAUGUCAAAAGAUAAUGAAUAAUAAUAAUAAUAAUAACUAUAAAAUAAAUUAAGUGUUUAAUCAACCAAAGUAUUAAAAAUAUCCAGUUUUCCUACUGACGCCACCAUUGACCUAUAGAAUACCUAAAAAAAUAUAAUGUAUUUGUACUUGAACAUCACUCAGAAAUUACUCAAAAAUAAUACUUCUUAUUAUUAAUGCUUAAUGUUAUAAGUGGAAUAUAGAACACAUUAAAUUAUUUGAUAAUACGUUGAUAGAAGUUAAAUAUUAUUUAUUUGAAAUCAAGAACAAAAAAAAAAUUGCAAUUUAUUAUGAAGAUAAGAUAAUAACAAAAAUUGCUAAGUAAAUUAAACUUAACAUAUUGUAAAAAUUAAUACUAGUUUAAAUAACGCACAUUAAUACUAAUUAUUUGUAUUUGAGGUUUUUAUUUGGAACUUUUAAUAUUUUAUAUUUGUUUUAAUAAAAUUCCGUGAUAGAAAUGUCUGGCGUGUUUUGUAGUAUUUUCGAUUUAUUAGCUUUUCGAUAUAUAUACUUAAAUAUUCUUAUUGGUCUUUAGAUAAUUUUCUUUAGUAAAUAAUUUAAUCAAUUUUAUUUAGAUUCUUAUGAAGUCAUUAUUUAAUCAAGUAAAUUAUUUAGACAACUUCUUUUAAAAAUAAAAAACGAAAAAAAAUUCGAAUACUUAAAACAUGGUUUGUAUAAGAAAUUCAUAUUUUAUAUGUCGGUAUACCUAUUGGAAUUUACAGAAUCUAUUACUUUAUAUAUUACAUAUAAUACCUACAUUUAUUUUGGAAUUCGUAAUAUAUUUUUAAACAUGAAAUAAUAGAAAACAUUUCUGGAACAUCGUACAUAAAAUAAGCAACAAAAUAAUAAUAAUAAUAAUAAAGUUACGUAUUUUUUUACAUAACCAAUAUAAAUAUUAUAAAGUAAUAAUAAAACGUGGGUUUUCUGUUAACCACUUCGAAUACUAAAAUGCAGUCUUUCCAAUUAUCAGAUUUUAAGCAGGGUUUUAGAUUUUUUACUAUAGGGUUGAAAAUUUGCAUUAAAUUUCAUGAUAUACGAAAAAAAUGGUUUCUUUACUGAAACCCGCUAUAAUGUCAGUGACGGGACAUUGUUCUUUAAAGUAUCUGGGUGGGAGUAGAAGGAUCGGUUUAGUCCGCAUGUAUUCUAAAUCUGAGUAUGUGAUUUAAUAAUCAACGUCUUGCAUUUUUAUACGUAAAAAGGUUUGUUAUCCAUGAAACCAAUAUUGUAUAUGUUUUUUUAUUCUAUGUUGCAUUCAGUUUGAGAAAGAACGAUAAAAGGUAUCGGAAUGUAUGAUGUAUUUGUAAACCCUAAUUCAAACCGUUAAACAAUGUUAAUAUGAUUUUUUUCGUUCGGCAAUCACAUCUGAGAACUGCUAAAUUAAUAAUUGAUUAUAAUUUAUAAUUUACUUGUGAAUUGCAAUUUAUUUAAAUUACAAAAAUCAUUGACAUCAUUUGAACCAAAAUAUAUACCUAUACUAAUAACUGCGUGGUUCUGUUGUAUUAUCGGCCAUAAUAUUAUAGUUAGUAUUACUCGUAAUGCUUAUGUGAUCUUCGAUGUUCUGUGUUUGAUAGCGCCGAGUAAAAUUUUGGAACAAACGCAUAAUAUUAAUAAAUCGUCAUUUCAUUCACGUGCCACUAUAUUCACAAAAUAUACAAUAAAUUGACGUAAUAAACAGCUAAUAUUCUUAAUAUGUUGAUGAUGAAUUAUGAAAAAAAUAAUAUAAAUAUUUCGUUAGGCGAUAUACCGCGGUCGACAAUGUAUGUGGUUGGUUAUGCAUGUGCGCAAUACCGACGACUUUGGUGCUUAUUAAUAUAUAACUAGGUAACACAUUCUUGUACCGAUAUUUUGAUGUAAAUCAGUCCCCAACACAUUUCUGUAUUAUAAUAUUAUAUAUUGAUCAAAUUUCAGUGUAUAUUUAUAACUUUGUAUAUAAAUAUAGUUCUGAUAUAAUAUAACGAUCUUGUAUAAAAUUCAAAAAUACGUUUAUGUAUUGUAUUAAAAAUUUAAAAUAAUAUUUUUUUCGUGUUCAAAUAUUCAAUGAACAGAAUUAUUAUUAUGACAACCGUCAAUGCGAAACAUGAAAUUUAAAUGCCCAACAAAUCGGUGCGGGAUCGUCUUAAAUUUGUCGUUACUAUAUUUUGUUCUACAUAACAUUGUGCGUUUGUUGACGACGCCUACGUUUUUCACAUUCAAUUAAAAACAGUGAUUUGAUUGUCGAUUUUCAACAUUUAUUUUAUUAGAUGUGUAUACAGUCAUGAAACCGAUCAAAGCAUUAUAUAUACAUUUAAAAAUCUAAUAAAAAGCAAAAUAAGAGAAGCACAUAACCAUUGUUAUAUGGUCAUUUAUAAUACCAUUCGAUUUGACUAAACUCUUCCUUUGAAUUCUACACUCCAGACCUUUUUUUUUUAUUCAGGAUGGUCGCAGAAAUCUAUCUUAUCGCAGUCGCCGCUAUAAUAUCAACCUAAAUAGUUACGGUUUAACAUCAGGUGUCUGUGAAUUCUUUAAGCAUAUAGGGAACCUAUAUAAUAUUCAAUUAUAGUUUUCGAAAUGAUCUAUGACAAACCACGAAAUGAUUUAUUUCUCUCGCUAUACAAUUUGUAUGUUUAAUGAUUCGAAUUUGGUAGCAAAAGGUAUCAAAAAGUUCUUAAAUUAGUUUUAUUCUUAUUUAAUAAUAUCGUGUAUUAUAUAUGGUGACAUAUAUUUAUCAAACCUAACUUACUAUUUAUAGUGCUUAUUAUUUAAAUGGCUUGUUUUGUUAUUCGCCAGUAUAGUCAACAAUGUUUGUAGGAAAUGUUUUUAAAUAUUGCGGUAGUUAAAUCUAAUACAUUUGCAAGAACUUAAGUAAAAAUAAAUACUAAUAUGCCAGAUUGAUUGUUUCUAUGUAAUAAAACGUCUUUAUUAUGACAAAUUCACAAAUUUUCUUUCACUGUCCAUCAAAAUCUCGAAUAAAGAACAAUAAUCAUUACAUAUAUGAUUAAGAUUAAGAAUAGGACCUAACCUAUUAUUAUAUACUUAUAAAAAUUCUAGAACAAUAAAUAAUUAAAAUGCAAAAAUCAUGCAAUGUAGCCGACUUGAAGCAAUACAAAAAUGAAAACUAAGAAUGGCUUACUUGGUAAUUUUAUUUGCUAUGUUUAUCUCGUUUCUCUGUACGAGUUGCACUAAUUAGUUAAAGUAAAUUGAACAUUUAACAACUAACUAACUACUUGAAAGUCCAAUGGCCUAAACCAUUAUAUGAACUACAUGCUCUUUUAUAAAUUACCUGUACCUAUAGUAAAAAUGUAGGUAAUGCAGAUUCAAAACGUCUAGCUCUUGGUUUUGAAAUAGUUUCGGUGUUCAUUUGUAUCAUAAUUCAUGUUUAUCGGUUUUAAUAAAAAGAAAAUCGAGUAUUCAUGAACACAUACAAUCUAAGGGGGAUUAAAAACUCGCGAUAAACAAUUCAAAUUUGUGAUCCCUCGCAGGUUAGGUUAAGUUUUUGCAUUUACCAAAAAUAUUUUUAAAUUUUUCAAGUGAGAUUUGUAGCGUUGAUGAAAACUGAAAAGUAAUAACUAUGUUUUUGAACAAUUAGGCUGUUAAUAUGUGUAUGUAUAUAUAUGUAUAUUGUAUAUAUAUAUAUAUAUGUACGGAUGAGAAUUUAAUUCUAUAUAUACGUAUGUAGACGAGUGUUUUGGCUUUGAGUGAUCAGAAGAAAAUGACUCUGCACUCACGUGAGUAAUAGAACAUAUGUAUUGAAACACUAUUACUUUGAGCAUUUGGCUCGUUGAGUUUUUGUAUAUUUUGUGAAAGCUCAAUAGGGUAUUUGUACUUUUACGCCCAACCGGGUUGUUUUGAAAAAGCAUACGCGCCAUAAUGUCGCUACGACCAUGUCAUUGUGAUCUCAUGAGUUUCUACUGACUUCUUUUACCUUUGUUAUGAUGGCAUUGCACGACCAUUGCCAGUAAAUUAUUAUCUUCAUUUACCUACCUAUCCAUGUGGAUACUUUUUCGCAAACUUCAUUUUGUUCCAAAAAUAUAAUUCAUCAUUUUUUUUUCUCUUUACUGUUCCAUAUCUGAUUCUAGUCUUGAAAAUUUUUAUGAAUUCGAGAUUUAUGAUAACCUGUAAACGUUAUUCGUGUUCAAUAAAAUUAUUAAAGACGAUAUUAUCGUUGCUCUUCUCUCCCCGUAGUCGUUAAAACUUUAAUUGGUUCAUCUUAUUCAUGCAAAUAAAUAAUUAUUCGUAAAGAAUAUUAGUAGUUAGUGUCUCUCGCCAAUUCAAUAAGAUGAAUUUAAAUUUGAUGAUAUUGCAUAAGGAGUAUGUAUGUACUGCAGGAGUAAAGAAUCUAAUUUUUGUAAUAACUUAUACUAAUUGUACUCUAAUAACAGAUUUCUUUUUGAAUUUGUUAUGUGGACGUACUUCUGACUAAAAUAAUGGCCAAUAAAAAAAAGGUAAUACUUUUUAUAACAAAAAUAUCCUAACAAUUAAUAUGAUUUUUAAGUGCUAUAACAAAAUAAGCUGUACAACACAAUUAAUAUUCUUUAAAAAAAAUUAAUAUGAUUUUCAUUUUAUGGCAACUAUUUUUUACACAAUAAGAUGAACUCCUUUGUCUUCCAAUCUCAUUUCGUUCUGUGUAUCUACUUAAUUUUGUACCUAGUAAAAUUUGCAUAUGGGUUGUCAACUUUCCAUCGAAUCACUUUGUAUAACAGUUACAAUAUGAUUAAAUGUUAUAAAAUUGUUUCAAAAUAUUUACUUAGGUCUACCAAAUGUAUUAUAUACAUUAUUAACAUUAUAGCUUUGAUUUAAAUUGCGUGUGUUUAAAUAGUAAUAAUUAUUAUUAUUAUUAUUAUUGUUAUAAUUAUUAUGAUUAUUAUUACUAUAUAAUAUUAUUACAAAUACAAUUAUUAUGAUUAUUAUUAUUAUCAUUCUCAUUAUAAUAAUUACAAAUUAACAAUAAUAAUUUAAUUCAUUUUUAUUAAAUUUAUGUUUUCGAUUCUAUUUGGUAAAAUAUCAUCAUUAAUUAAUGUCUGUGUAUGUGUGUGUGAUUUUUUUUAAAUUUUAAUUUAUUAUAAUUUAAGUGUUUCAAAAACAAUAAUAUAAUACACGAAUUACGGAUAUGCUCGUAAAUAUUGUAUCUAUAAUAUAUGAAAUUAAUAUAAAUCUAAUGCUUCACACUUAUAUAAGACUUCAUUUUAAUUAAUAUCCAAUUGUUUGUGAACCAAUGAUUGAAGUUAAAUUAAAACAGUAUUUAAUAUUGAAGUAUAUUAAUACUUAGAAAAAAUAAAACUCCGUGUACUGUAUACAUUUUUUUUUGAAACACUAGUGCAUCUUAGAUAAUUAAUAUUUAUUAAUUUAUUAUAAACUGAAAUUAAUGUUUGAAUUUUUCUUCAUUUUUUUUUUUUUUAAUUAUUACUAUUAAUUUAGCACCUUACGAGAGUAUAAAUGAGUUUGUGUUUUUUCGACUAAUUUUAUUUUAUUUCUUUUUUUUUGAUUAUCCCUUAUUUAGUUAUUAUAUAUAAAUGCGGGUCAGCUGUUUUUACGUUACUCCUGUCUUGCGUGUCUAGUAGUAAUAAGUUUAUAUUUAAAAAAUAACCCGUACAUAUAGAUAUAAUAUUUUACCAGUGCACAAAAUGAGUGCUCAAGUGAUUAUAAUAUUAUGAAAAAAAAAAAUUGUUAAUUGUGUUACAUUAUCCCGUGUCAACGAAUCGUUUUUAAUUAUACGAAAACAAUAUAUAUAAAAAAAAAAAAAACAUUUUUGUAUUUUUGAUCCGGCUGCCGGCUGUUUGCAAUUUUUUUACUCUUACAUCAAUUUACGUGGUAUGAUAUAGGUAUAGGUUCUUACCAUAAUCGAGAUUCGGCACUACCCGUGUAUCGAUUGGUGUUAGUAUGUUACACCAUGGUUAAGUAUAUACCUAUAUUAUGCUAUUCGUAUCUUCCAGUCAUUCCAAGUCCUUAUUGGUUCUGUAGUAGGAAAUGACACAGAUGACAUAUUGACAUGUAUUAUACGUGUACAGACACUGCACUCGCGUUACGCUAUACACUCGUUCGCAGACUAGCGAUACCAUAAAUAUUUUGCCGGGUAUUUACAUGUCAAGUUAAGUUUUGGGAGGGCUCGCGAUAUCGAUUUAGAGCCUGUAUAUACUAUAUAUAUAUAUAUAUGUGUGUGUGUGUGUGUUUAUUAGACGGUAUGGUAUUUUGAUCUGAGCGUAUACGUACAGUAUGUUUAGUAUUUAUGAGAUCCAUUGAACAAUAUAUUUUACGUUUGUGGAUCCGUGGGGACCGUCCUUCCAGCGGUGAUAUAACGGCUCAAUAUGGGUGUCGUGGGGUGCAGUGAGAAGCCAAAAAGUAAUAUAUAUAAACACAUACCAUCCAAAGUUUGUUGAAUGGAACAAAAAGUAAUGACAAAUUGUUUUCUCGUAUAAUAAGCGUAAAAAACACGCUAUCAUUCUAUUCCUUUUCCUCUUUCGCUGUGACUGACGUGACUUCGGUUCGUCGAUUGUCCAAUUUUUUUCAGGAAUCUCGGUCGGACUGGUCGGAGUAUAUAAAUCCACACGUCGCAAGCCCGCAACUUAUCAUAUAAUAUUCUAUUCAAUAUUAAUCAGUCGUAAUUAAUGUUUAGAAUUUUUAUUUCGUUUUUCGUUCGCUUAAUUACAAUAAUAUAUCAUGUUGUGUAGUGUAUAGUAUAGAAAUAGUUGUCGCUUUCAUCGGCACAUUAUAAUCGUGCGUACACCAUUCGUCAAGGCAACGACAUUUUUAAUACCAUGGUAUGCCGUGACUGAAAAAGUAGGUAUUGACUGCAAUAUAACUGGUAAUUGGUAUAAUCUAUAUAUAUUCUGUAUAAAAUUGUUUAUAUAUUAUAUUAUAAUAUAUAAGUAGGUAGGUGGGUAUACCGUGACAGCAAUAAUACAAUAUAGGUAAGCUAGGUAUUAGGUAUACUAUAUAGAUGUUGUGUGCACUGUACUUUGUGCAAAUAGGUAUUAUAUAUUAUAAUAAUGUGCGAUUGUCUUGUCAAUGGAAUAUUAUAUUCAGUAAAAUCCGUCCUCGUGUAGUGAAGAAAUAAAUGUUACCCAAAAUAUGUUGUAGUUAAAAAAUAACAUUUUUGUUUCGAAUAAAUCAUUUACCGAAUACUGAAGCUGUUGAUAUAAAAUUAAAAUAUCAUAAUAAUAUAUGUACUUAACAUAAUAUCCCCGUGUGGGGGAGUGCGCACACAUACACAUUUUCUAAAUGACUAAAACUCUGUGAUAAUAUUGAAAUAAUUUUUAAUAACAAUGUAUUAUAUAAUGAAAUAACGAUGAUAAUGAUGAUAAUGAUGAUAAUAAUAAAUAAAUAAAUAAAUGGUAAUAGCGGUAGCAGGAGAACAAUUCUAAACGCGAUUAUCCGCUGAACAAAUCGAACGAUUUGCAUAAAAUGUAAAAUUUAAAUACCUAAUUUGAUAUUAUUAUUAUUAUUAUUAUUAUACGCUUUUAUACAUAAAUAUAUAUAUAUUAUUUACACGAACAUGUACAUGCAUACAUCUACAUAUUAUUAUUAUAUAUAUGUAAUAUUAAACUAUCUACUUAUUAUUAUUAUUAUUAUUAUUAUUAUUAUAAAUUAUUAUUAUUAUACUUCUUCCGUAGAUACUUUUUCUUUAACAGUAAUUAAUUAUAUUAUAUAAAAACGUACAACAAGCGGUACGUAAUAAUAUACUUAUUUUGUACAUAAAUAUAUAUUAAUAUAUAUUUGUCGUUUUAAACGCCAUUUUAUUUACUUCUCUGUUACAUAUAAUAUAAUGUUUAUAGAUGUACCUAUCAUUUUAAGUAAUAUAUAAUUUAUUAAUAUACAUAAUAUGUACCCUAAACGUUCAAACUUUAUGAAAAAAAACGUGACAUCAUUAUUUAUAACCCCUUCCCGUUCCCCAUCUCUUGUCACCGCGUAAGAUCAAAGUCAUAAUAAAAUCUCAAAUGUUUUAUUGUUACAUUGAUAUUAAUGUAAACGUGUUUUUUUUUUUUCUUAAAUUGUGUAGUUAACCAAUAUUUAUAUAUAUUAUUAUUAGAUAAUGCAAUAUUAUUAUUAUUAUUAUUAUUAUUAUUAUUAUUAGAUAUGAUUUGAUUUGAUUUAACCUUUUUUUUAAAUUUCUUUGUAAUGGGUUAAAAUAUCAUUGCAGUAAUAUGUUUAUUA